UCAACGACGUGUCAUCAAUAUUCAUAAGAUGAGACUGGAAGAUUACCAAGCAACGCCACACGACUCAAUUAUUAUAAAAACUUUACCGUACUAGAAUUCGUAACUCCACUGAUUGGGAUUUAGAGUCCUGAUAGACGCGGAUAAACCCAAAUUAGUGCGAACAAGUCUCAGUUUUGGCAACUAAGAGCGCACGCUCAAAAAAGAAAACCACGGAUGCCAAAUAUAACGCAAGGUGUGCGCUCUGCUUCGGGUGUUUCUACAUCUUAGCUUCAUUUAACGCUGUCAGAUUUAUUUCACAGUUGUUGGUUUUAAUUUUAUACGCGCAUUAUGGAGUACUGGAGGCAAUGCAGCUUGUGGCUGAUCAACUGUAAAGUUUUGCCCCGGAAUCAUCGGGUCACGGCUGAUUCGGCGCAGGUUUUUGAUUUGGCCCAAACUCUUCGGGAUGGGGUGCUUCUGUGCCAACUGCUGAACAAUCUCAGACCCGACACCAUUAACCUGAAAGAGAUCAAUCUCAGACCACAGAUGUCACAGUUCCUCUGUCUGAAGAAUAUCCGUACAUUUCUGUCUGCAUGCUGUGAAGCAUUUGGGAUGAAGAAGAGCGAAUUGUUUGAUGCCUUUGAUCUCUUCGAUGUUCGUGAUUUUGGAAAGGUCAUCGACACUCUAUCAAAACUCUCUUAUACAGCUAUUGCGCAACAGACAGGGAUCAGGUCAUUCCCCACAGAGGAAAGCAGUGAAAAUGAAGACAUAUACAUUCAUUUGGCAGAUCUCAUAGAUGAGGAGCUGGAAGAAGAUAUUUACGACCCCGUAUACGGAGAUGUUGAGGGAGGAGAGGUGUAUGAGGAUCUGAUGAGGACAGAGGCUGCUUCGUCUCAGGCGAAACAGGCCGAGGUGGACAUCAGAAGCUGCUGUCUUUUAGAGAUCAAACAGACAGAAGCCAAAUACACUGAGACUCUGGAGACCAUUGAGAAGUAUUUUAUGAUUCCACUGAUAAAAUUCAUCUCAGCAACAGAAAUUGACAAGGUUUUCAUCAAUAUACCAGAGCUGGUUAAAGUUCACAAAAGCCUAAUGGCUGAAAUUCAAGACUCUGUUCAAAAUAAAAAUGCAGAAAACCUCCACCAGAUCUUCAUUACUUACAAAGACAAGCUUUUGCUUUAUGGAAAAUACUGCAGUCAUGUAGAAUCAGCCAUUUCUCUGUUAGACUUCAUCUGUAAGGAAAAAGAGGGUGUUCGACUGAAACUAGAGGAAUGUUCAAAGAGAGCCAACAAUGGGAAAUUCACUUUGAGAGACUUGCUUGUGGUUCCCAUGCAGCGUGUGCUGAAAUACCCACUACUGCUUCAGGAAUUAGUCAAAUAUAGUAAUGACACCACUGAAAAGAGCAACCUACGAGUAGCCCUUGAUGCCAUGAGAGACUUAGCCCAGUAUGUAAAUGAGGUGAAAAGAGAUGUUGAGACUCUGAGGGAGAUUGAUCAGUAUCAGCGAUCCAUUGAGAAUUUGAAUCAGUGCUUACUUUCGUACGGAAGACCGAAGGGUGACGGUGAAGUCCGUAUGGUGUCAAAUGUGGACAAGCGUAGACAGGACAGACAUAUUUUUUUGUUCGAUGUCGCUGUCAUCGUCUGCAAGAGGCGUGGGGACAACUAUGAGAUGAAGGAAGUGAUCGACCUCAAUCAUUUCAAGAUCACCAGUAACCCCACCCCUGAUAAGGACAGCAGAAAGUGGUGCUAUGGGUUCUUCCUCACCCACCAGCAGGGGCAGAGUGGAUUUGAGUUGCUGUUCAAGACAAAAGAACUGAAGAAGAAAUGGCUGGACCAGUUUGAGAUGGCUAUAUCUAAUAUUCGCCCAGAGAAUGCCACGUUUAACUCUCACCACUUCAAAAUGCACACUUUUGAGAGGGCCACCACCUGCAGCUCAUGUCAUAUGCUUCUCAGGGGAAUUUUUAACCAAGGCUACCUUUGUACUAAAUGUGGAAACGGGGCUCAUAAGGGCUGUCUGGGAAGACUAGGAGUCUGUGGAAGGGCAGGUAAUGGUGCUGCUGUUCAAAAAGCACAGAGAAAGACAACACCUAGGAAACAAGAAGACCCAGGUUUGCCAAAAAUGUUGGUCAUCAGAGAUUAUUUUGGAGUUCCCAGUCCUCAGGGCGGACUGCCGCUGAAUGCUCAGAUUGGUGAUGUCAUAGAGGUCAUCUGUGCUGAUCCCCACAGCUCCUGGUGGCAGGGCAAAAUCCUGACAACACAAGAGACUGGCUUCUUUCCAAGUGAUGCAGUCAAGCCCUGCCCAUGUGUACCCAGGACAAUCGACUAUUCAGGCCAACCCUGGUUCGCUGGGCCCAUAGAGAGGCACCACGCAGAGUCCGAGCUCAUGGAGAGAGAGAACAGCACCUACCUGGUGCGAUACAGGAGCCGGGAGAACAGAGAGUAUGCCAUCAGCAUCAAGUACAACAACGAUGUGAAGCACAUUAAGAUCCUCACUAAGGAGGGCUGCUUCUACAUUGCUGAAAGCAGGACAUUCAAGACUGUAUUAGAACUGGUUGAAUAUUACAAACAGCACUCUCUGAAAGAGGGUUUCCGUACACUGGACACGACUCUGCAGAAGCCGUAUAAGGAGCUCAGUAGUGGACUCAGAACUGCUGCUCCAGUGCUCUAUGGGCUUUCCGUUUUGAAUCCCACCAGCUACAGUUUUGUUCCUCCCUCCCCCUCACCCUUCUGGUCAGUUUUGACCCCGAGAGUGCUUGGCAUUGCACUAGCACGAUACGAUUUCAGCUCCAGAGAUACUCGGGAACUCUCUCUGCAGGUGGGCGACCUGGUGAAGAUCUAUAUCAAGUGUACCAAUGGAUGGUGGAAGGGUGAAGUCAAUGGCCGGGUGGGAUGGUUCCCUUCAACCUAUGUGGAGGAAGAGGAGUGACCAGCACAGGAAGUCAUCCUCACUAUGCUGUGACAGUGAUAAGCCACCUGCUGGCAUUGGACAAGAAUUGUAAUAGUGAACAAUGCACCCUUACUUGAGUGAAACACAGCAAUUAUCAACCUCCUCUAAUGGGAUCCAGUGGACUGUGGUUGAGACCUGCAGCGUGAUGCAUCUGAGGCCCCGUCGGCUUUGAGUGUUCAAUUAGUUAUGAAUGUCCCUCGCUGCUCCACAUUCAGUCCAGACAUCUUUUUCUCUCACUCUUCCCCUCCCUCUCACCCUGUCACCUCCUGAAAUCUUCACACAGGGCCUGGGGCCCCCCUCUCUCUGCCUGUUUAAAAUUUAAACUCCAUUUCUGCGCUAUGCCGGACCUCCCAUAAACUCGGGAGUGGCACGCAGAGAGAAAAGCCCUGAGCUGGCCGUUUUUUUCCCCUCCAUUCGGCGACCUUUACGCGGUGCUUUCAGCUCACCUUGUGCUAUAAUUGAUGAUUUCAUCCGCCCGUCUGACUCUGCAAAGUUUGGCUGGGGCGAGAUGGAGCGCGGUGCUGUCACGAAGCCUUCCUCCCUGCCUUCUCCUCUUCAGCCCUGAUAACACUUAGCAGCAGUGCUCUCUCAGUGCGCUCGGGGCGCUGCGCGGUGACAGGAGGCCUGCCGUUCAGUGCGAUAUCCAUCUCAGCCGGCCUGACGCACUGCGCUGUGAUCAGUCAUCGCCUCUGUCUGUUUCUGAACCUCAGGUGCUCCCAAGCAGAAUGUUGGCACUGAUUUUGGACUAGAGUCAAUUCCUUCUCUUUUCAUGCAUCGGAAAGACUGGUUAACAUUACGGUGUUUGCAAUAGGGACUGAGGCUGCUAGACACUGCAAAAAAUGAAAGUAUGAUAUAAAAUAAUUACAGUUACAAAAUAUCUGCAAAUUUAAGAUGACAAAAUGCACUACCAUUCUAAAGUUUGAGGUUAGUAAGAUUUACUUUUAUAUAAUACAUAAAUAAUACUUUUUAUUCAGAAAGGAUGCAAGUGACAGUAAAGACAUUUAUAAUUUUAUAAAAGAUUUCUACUUAGAAUAAAUGUUCUCUUUUGAUCAAUGAAUGCUGAAAAAAAUGUAUCACAGUUUCCACAAAAAUAUUAAGCAGCAAAACUGUUUUCAACAUUGCUAAUAAUAAGAAAUGUAAUAACAGUUAUUGUAAAUUAUAAUAUUUCAAAAUAUUAUUAUAUUUCCUGUUUCUACCAGAAAGGCUCGAUAAGCAGAUAAACGUUUAAAUAGAUUUAUUUCUUGAAGAAUAUAUCCAAGUGAUAAUCACAUGAUUCGUUGGCGUAAGCCGUCUUUAGUCCAAGUCUUGAGGUAAGAUGGCAGGUCCUGCCUGAAGAUGAAGGCAGGGGCGAAGCCAACCCCUGGACAAAUGGAAAAGGCCAACCUGAUGGUGGUGGGGAGGAUGGAGGAGAACGUCAGCCACAACACUUACAAGCAGCAGAUGGGAGAGUAAGGUCGAGUUUUUAUAUAAGGUGUCGCACUGUGAUUGGCUAGAUCUAAUUUUUUAACAAUGAAUGACGUGGCGUUAGAGUCUUCCUGCUAGAACCUAUACUUAAGCUUCCAUAUUUGUGAUCAAAUAAAUGCAGCCUUUUUGAGCAUAAGAAACUUUUUUUAAAAACAUUAAAAAUCUUACUGACCCCAAGCUUUUGAACAGUUGUGUAUAUCCAAAGUACUUUCUCUGAAAAGGUCUUCAUAUUUUGUGUCAUUUGUCUUCUGAGGUACGUUUAUCUCGUUUUAAGGAUGUUUAGAUGUUUUUACUGGAAAACAAGACAAAAACACGGAGAAUAGGAUUUUCUGAGGACUGGCAGCACAGAUGAACUUUUUUUUAAAACAUUUUUGUAAGUUCUGUGCAAAGGAAAUUGCUCUCUAAAUGGACACAUUUUUUACAAGCUGCUUUUUAUGCUGAAAUCCAGGUCAAUUCUUUUCUCAGAAAUCUAUAUUCACAGAAAUGUAAUUUUAUGUGCUGUCGUAGAUGUUGAAAAGAUAAUUGCAACCAUACAUCUGUUUCUUAAUGCACCUAACAGUUCAUGUUGUCUGGUUUUCAUCAGAAUACAUGUAAAUUAUGACUUGUUUCACACUGUUUAGAAAGUGAAUUCUCUAUAGCUGUAUACAGGGUCCAAAUGUGACUUUUUGCCACACUUGCCGAUGGUGCGAGGAAAAUUUACUAGAUUUUAAAUUCUGAAUGGCCAUGAAACUAUUUUGUAUUACUUUUAUUAAAAUAUUUUGUACCCAUUAA